CUGUGGGUAACCUCAAAUUUUCCGUGAUUCCACCCCAUCUUCCGCAGUUGUAAUUCGUAUUCUUGCCGAUUAGUCACCUGAUAAUUCUGUGAUAACUCGGUUAAUUCACUAGGAAAACCGAAUUACAAAGUGCGCGGCAGCAGGCAUUUGAAGCGACGCUUUUUUAUGACCGUUCGGCUCUAUAAAGUGUUCAAUAAUGUUCUCCAACGGGCCGAAUUAUACGAAAUUGAAAACUCAUCUGAGACUGGCGAUUAAUAGGUUAAAACUCCUGGAGAAGAAGAAGACUGAAUUGGCUCAAAAGGCAAGGAAGGAGAUCGCGGAUUACAUAGCCGGUGGAAAAGUUGAAAGGGCUAGAAUCAGGGUCGAGCACAUUAUAAGGGAAGAUUACAUGGUCGAAGCGAUGGAACUCCUUGAGAUGUACUGCGAUCUCCUGCUUGCUCGAUUCGGACUGAUUCAACAGAUGAAGAAUUUAGACGACGGACUGGCCGAAGCGAUAUCGACUAUUAUUUGGGCAGCUCCUCGCAUACAGACGGACGUUCAAGAGAUGAAAGUGAUAUCCGACAUUCUUACGGCAAAAUAUGGCAGACAGUACACCGAUGCUUGUAGAGAAGAAGCCGUGCAAUCAAUUUCUGAAAAACUAAAACAUAAACUGGGAGUCCAGUCCCCGUCAAAGUUGCUCGUAGAGAAGUAUUUGAUUGAGAUAGCAAAGAAUUAUGACGUGCCCUACGAGCCGGAUCCUCAGAUCAUGGCUGAAGGUGAAGAUGCAUUGCUGAUCGAUGUUGGAAACAGCGGUGGGGAACUGCCCAAUAACUUUGAUUUAGCAAUGGGUGGUAAUGGUCCGCCACAACCGCCAGGAUUCAUUGGGUUUCCACAACCUCCACUCUUACCACAAACUGGGCCUGAAUUUAAUAUUACGACUCCUGAGAAAAGUAAUGGACCGGCAAUGGGAUUUAUUGCUCCUUUAAAUCCACCAGCUACUAGUGCAGGCUCAUUCAAUCCUGCUGCUUUUUCAUACAAUAUACCUUUAGACAAUGGCAAUAUAAACAAACCUGAUGACCUACCUCCUCCUUACAGUUCUUUUUCACCCGACAUAAAUAAACAGUCGGAUCAGACACCAAAACCGCAGCCAAGAUCGAAGAUGCCGAUGAACGAUUUCAACCUUCCUGAAUUACCAACUGUACCAACUGACAACGAACCAUCCAGCAGUUCAAAGGAUGGCGACGAUAUCGAUUUUGACGACUUAAUGAAACGCUUUGAGGACUUGAAGAAACGAAAGUAACCACGUGUCUUCGAAACGGUACUAUCUCCUACACGUCACCUCGACUGCUUUCAGCAGCUUUCUACAUGAAGACGGAGAUUAAUUUCCUUCACCAUUUUAUAACAAUUGCUUGCGUCGUAUUAACAGCAUCGCUCAAAAAGAUAACGUAGCAAGGUUUUGUAACAAGAUACAAACGCAUUCAUUCAGUGCGGAUAAAAAAAAAAAUAACUGAUGUAAGUCGGUAUGUCGAGCAUACUUUAUAGGCAGUUCAAAACCAGUAUGCGAAGCUUAUCCUAUUAUGUAUAUAAAGCGUGUAUAAGCCUUAGUAUUAUAGAAAGGUUCUGUGAACCGAGGAUCACGAAAAUUAUUUUUCUUGUAAUGUUCAUGGGUUAAUAAACACUUCUUAUAGUUAA